GACUCUGAGCAUUUUCUACCUCAAUCGGCGGCUGGAAGCAGCUGGUUAUUCUCUGUCUCUGUGUCUGGUUGAGACGAGAAGCCUUGCCCUCGAUGGAGAACCAUCGCAUCUUCGAUGACUCUGCUCUCUCGCAGUACAAGAGGAUGAAUGGGGUCACCAAGCCUGGUGCUGUCCUGGCCUCACCGCCGACCCCCAGAGCUCUGUCACAACUUCAAAACCGAUCAGAUGUUGAGAACGCUGAAGAGGAGAGGCACAGGCGGCAUGGUGAGGCAGACCGGCCCAGGUCUCCGGAUCUGGCCGCCGAGGAUUCUGGGAGGAGGAAGCCCGCUCUAGUGAGGUCCAAGACAUUUGACCACUCGCUACUGUCCCAGACACAGUGUGACGCAGAAAUCAAGAUCGAGAGGAAGAAGUCCCAGUACAGUCAGCUCUCCAAGCCCAAUUCCCAUUAUCACAAAAUCUUCAAAGAGAUCAGUAAGGAUGAACUGCUGAGGCAAAGUUACCCCUGUGCCUUGCAGAAGGAUAUGCUCUACCAGGGCAGAUUGUUUGUUUCAGAGAACUGGGUCUGCUUUCACUCCAAAGUCUUUGGUAAAGACACCAAGAUUGCAAUCCCUGUGGCAUCUGUCAUUCAAAUCAAGAAAACCAAAACUGCCAUUUUAGUGCCAAACGCUCUUGUUAUUGCCACAGCCACUGACAGGCACGUUUUUGUGUCGUUCCUGUCCAGAGACACAACCUACAAGAUCUUGAUGUCAAUGUGUCUCCACCUGGAGGAGAAGAGCCCCUGCAGCAGUCCUCUCCCUUCCUCGGCAGGAAUCAGCUUCAGAUCCGGACGACCUGCAGGCUUCCCUCUGUGUGACCUCAGUGACCUGGAUGGGGCAGUGAGGCAGGGUGGACCGGACAUGGAUGAGAGCAGCAGGUCCGACUCAUCACCAGAAUGCGAGAAGGUUUCAGAGUUCUCCGCGACCCUCCCUCCAUUCCUGGAGGUGUUGAAGACCAGCGAGCGCACCCCAGGCCUCUCUGGCCCUGGGACCCCCCCAAGCGUGCACCUCCACAAGGACCCACAGCUCCAACUGGAGGCACAGCGCAACAGUUCAAUAACGUCUUCUGAGUUGUUGUACGACCCAAGGACCAUGAAACCCAGGUCUCUCAACAUGCUUCUGUUCAUCUACCUGUUCCUAGUGUGUGUCCUGGUCCUGUCCUCCUUUUUCAUGGCGCUGAAGAUCGUGUCUCUGGAGCAAAGGCUGACCACUCUGGGCUCCAUGACAGAGUUCUCUCACCACGAGAACGAGUGUCUCCGAGCCAACUCCGAGGUGAACGCUGAGUUCUACUCCGAGCUGACCCUGAACCUGCUGAAGCUGGAGAAGGUCCAGAGGAACCUUCAGAGGCUGCUGGAGGAGUCAGAGUGAAGGCUGAUCCAGUACCCAUCCAGGACACACUACACAUCCUGCUGCCUGCAUUAUGUUCUGGAACAAGACAUGAUGAAUCUGCUUAAGACAAAGAACAAACAACCAAGGAGACUAUGGGUCCUGUGUUGCUCUUGUUCGUUUUGGUGCUUGUAAUGAACCGAAUGAUGUGUUAGAAUUCGCAUAUCACAGGUUUGAUCCUGUUGAAGAUAACUGUUAUGUCAGCUGUUAAAUAACAGUAGGUCUCUAGGACCCUGUAGUUUCCUAUUCUGGCCUCUCAGGUUACAUGGACUUGUGCAAUGCUAUCAUGCAGAAAAUCUCCUGAAUUACUUAAAUUGUACCAAACCAGCUAUCUAAUGCCCUUUGCGUGUGUGUGUAUGACUGUGUGUGUGUGUAUGAUCCGGCUAUUUCUGCCUAGUUAAUCUGAUUACUGGUUGUGAAUCUGACAGGUGAUACCAUAGAUAGAGACACGUUUGUAUGUGUGACAUGGUCAGAGAGAAGAGAAAAUGAGUGUUGAAUCAUUAACCAGUGUGAUGCAGUGCUCCAGACUGACGGGAGACAAUUUAUUUUAAAAUAAACUUGAAUUUGUAUUGUUUAAUUCUAUGCCUCA